AUAUAUAGGAGAAUUUAAGAUGGACAAUACAUCACAUGAGUUGAUGAUGAAGAAGAAGCCACACUUUGUGUUCAUUCAUGGUCUAGGUGGUGGAAGCUGGUGUUGGUACAAGAUUAAAUGCCUUAUGAACACUUUCGGCUACACCGCCACUUGUAUAGACCUCAAAGGUGCCGAGAUUGAUCCUUCCAAUCCCAGCAAGAUCCUCUCUUUCGAUGUCUAUAACCAGCCCCUUAUCGACUUCUUCAAGUCAUUGCCUGACCAUGAACAGGUGAUAUUGGUUGGACAUAGUGCUGGAGGAUUAAGCGUGACAGAUGCGACUCGUAAGUUUCCAAAUAAUAUAAGCCUUGCGGUUUAUAUUGCUGCCACCAUGCUUAAAGGCGGAUUCCUGACUGAGCAGGAUAUCAAAGAUGGUGUCCCUGAUUUGUCAGAACUUGGGGAUGUUUAUGAUCUGGAAUUCGGAUUAGGCCCAGAUCAAUCGCCUACUAAUGCAAUCAUCAAAAAGGAUUUACAGCAAAAACUUCUCUAUCAUAUGACCCCUCCAGAGGAUUUCACAUUAGCUGCAAUGCUAAUAAGACCAGGACCUGUGUACGCAUUACAAGGUACUAAGUUUAAAGAAGGAAAUGAGGAGGGUGUAGAAAAGGUGCCACGGGUAUAUAUCAAGACAAUGUACGAUAGACUUCUUAGACCCGAACAACAAGACAGGAUGAUCGAGAAGUGGCCACCUAUGAAUGUAUAUGUUGUCGAAAGUGACCAUAGCCCAAAUUUCUCUAAUCCUUUUGUCUUGUGUGGCAUCUUAGUUAAGGCUUAUCUAUCUAUUAAUUACUGAUCACACUAGUAUCUAAUUUGGUGCAAUGUGAUUCUCUCAAACCAUAUGUAGUUACUAUCUAAUAUCCAGUGCAUUCUAUUCUAGCAAAAUAAA